AUGGGGAAAGACUUGUUGGAUCUCUUUUGUAAGGCGAAAAAGGCGGCGGAUAUCGCAGCGGCUAAAGAGGUUCCGGGGAAUGGAGCGGAGGUUUCGCGAUGCAUUGACGCUCUAAACCAACUUGGAUGUUUUCCCAUUACCAACGAUCUUCUUGUUUCUACUAUGGUUGCAAAGAAGCUUCGACCUCUCACGAAACAUCCUAAAGAAAGUAUUCGAACUUUGGCUUCUGAGAUUAUUCGGACAUGGAAGGCUCACUUCAUUGAAGAAUUAAACAAUGGCAAAAAAGACUGCCUAAACUUGAGAAAAUCCAAUAUGAAGGAAACUACAAAUAAGGCGGUUGAUGUUCAUCGUAAGAUCAUCAUCAAACUCAAAAUAAAUCGUAAUGCAAACGUUUCGAGUAUGUCGCCAGUAAUGAACAUGGAGGCUUGUCGCAUCAAGAUCAGAGAACACCUUGUCUCGGCUCUGUUGAGAGUUGCUACCGAAGCUGGUCAGGAGAGUGAUCUCAAACAUAAAGUCGAGGAUUGUGAUCCAGUUGAGGUUUCUGCGGCGGUGGAGACAGCCAUGCUCGACAAGAUUAAGGAUGAGAAGAAGAAAAUCAGGUCGAUCUUGUUCAAUUUGAGUGACCCCAAGAACCCGGACUUGAGGAGGAAAGUUCUUCUGGGAGAGGUGAAGCCAGAGAGGCUUAUGACAAUGUCCAACACGGAGAUGGCGAGCGAGGAAUUGCAGCUUUGGAUAAAGCGAAUGGAAGAAAGAGCCAUGGAGAAAGCCCAGACUGGUAAAUCAGAAGCCAAAGAGAAAGCGACGACUGAUCAGUUCAAAUGCGGUCGGUGCGGGGAGAGGAAGACAGUUUACCAUCAGAUGCAGACAAGGAGUGCUGACGAGCCCAUGACUACUUAUGUCACUUGCAUGAACUGCAACCACCACUGGAAGUUCUGCUGA